AUGAUAUUGAAUGUGUACGGGCUCCCACCCGACAGUCAAUCGCCCAUCAGUAAGCAACAGCCCGGUGAUUUGGACUCUUCGAUCUCAACUGUGUUUAUGCAGCAGCAGAGUUCAACGACGCCAACCGACAUUGGAGUACUGAAUCAGCUGAAACCGCAAGCGAAAGACUGCGAAUGCGUGCCGUACUACCUUUGUCGCAACGGGACCAUCGUGGUCGACGGAGUUGGGAUUCUUAGUCCUAAGUUUGAUGUCUCUAUUAUUCGGUUUAGCUGCACAAAGCAGCUGGACGUCUGCUGUAAACCGCCGGAUCAGCUGAAACUUGCAGAAAAAAUUAUGCCACGGCCCACUCAAAGAAGGGGCUGCGGGCAACGGAACCCUGAUGGUAUUGGUUUCCGGAUCACCGGGUACGACGGCGAGGCUCAAUUCGGCGAGUUCCCGUGGAUGGUGGCGAUCUUGAUGGACCAGACGAACGGAUUCGGUACUCAGGAGCAGUUGAAGUUCAAGUGCGGUGGUUCUCUGAUCCAUGUACAGGUCGUAUUGACAGCUGCUCAUUGCGUCCGAGGGAAACAACUGCACGAAAUAAAAAUUCGAGCGGGUGAAUGGGACACGCAGAUAGUGAACGAGGUCUUACCGUAUCAAGAGCGCAAUGUGGAAAAGGUGAUCGUCCAUGAGAAAUAUCACGCCGGUGCUCUUUACAACGAUGUCGCUCUGUUGAUCUUAUCCGAGCCAGUUGAACUCGCGGGAAAUGUUGAUACCAUAUGCCUGCCAGAAUAUAAUACCGUCUACAAUGGACUUCAAUGCUUGGCCAGCGGCUGGGGAAAAGAUAAAUUCGGUAAAGAGGGCCUCUACCAGAUAAUCCUGAAGAAAAUUGAAUUGCCGAUCGUUCCACACGAUAGAUGCCAAAGUUCUUUACGCGAAACCAGAUUAGGAAAACAUUUCCUUCUUCACGAGAGUUUCGUCUGCGCCGGUGGAGAGCCUGGCAAAGACACUUGCGAUGGUGAUGGAGGAAGUCCUUUGAUGUGCCCGAGUAGAAACGAUCCCAGCAGGUACGAGCAAGUGGGCAUCGUAGCAUGGGGAAUCGAUUGCGGUCAGAACAGUGCUCCAGGUGUUUACGCUAAUGUUGCUUAUUUACGCAACUGGAUCGACGAUCAAAUGGCUUAUAAUAAUCUGGACAAUACCGUUUACAAUAUUUAA